CCAUUGGCGCAGUCUCUGUGGCCUGUGCUCAGUGAGAUUUUGGUGUGAAAGCAGGUUGGGCCGCGCCAGAGACUGACUUGACUGCCAGUGAGAGAGAGGUAUAAGAGAUGAGUUUUGAGUCUAGGUGACUGAAAUUUAAGUUGCUCUCCACUCUAAGUAGGACAGGAAGAGCUGAUCUGCAGGGCGCAAGGAGAGUAGAUGAUGAAUUCUGUUCUGUAUCUGGAUUUAAGCACAAAGGAAACCAGCUCCCUUGAAGAGUCUACAGAUGAAUCUGAGGAGGAAGAGAGUGAAGAGGAACCUAAACUGAAGUAUGAAAGGCUUUCCAACGGUGUAACUGAAAUUCUUCAGAAGGAUGCAGCUAGCUGCAUGACAGUCCAUGACAAGUUUUUGGCAUUGGGCACACAUUAUGGCAAGGUUUAUUUACUUGAUGUCCAGGGGAACAUCACUCAGAAGUUUGAUGUAAGUCCUGUGAAGAUAAAUCAGAUUAGCCUGGAUGAAAGUGGAGAACACAUGGGUGUGUGUUCGGAGGAUGGCAAGGUACAGGUAUUUGGACUGUAUACUGGAGAAGAAUUUCACGAGACUUUUGACUGUCCCAUCAAAAUCAUCGCCGUGCACCCACAGUUCGUGAGAUCCAGUUGCAAGCAGUUUGUGACUGGAGGGAAGAAGUUGCUGCUGUUUGAACGGUCUUGGAUGAGCAGAUGGAAGUCUUCUGUUCUGCAUGAAGGGGAAGGAAACAUACGAAGUGUGAAGUGGCGAGGCCACUUGAUUGCUUGGGCCAACAACAUGGGUGUGAAGAUUUUUGACAUCACCUCAAAGCAAAGAAUCACCAAUGUGCCCCGAGAUGAUAUAAGUCUUCGCCCGGAUAUGUAUCCCUGCAGCCUCUGCUGGAAGGACAACGUGACGCUAAUUAUUGGCUGGGGGACUUCUGUAAAGAUAUGCUCAGUGAAGGAACGGCACGCCAGUGAAAUGAGAGACUUGCCAAGUCGAUAUGUUGAAAUAGUGUCUCAGUUUGAAACUGAAUUCUACAUCAGCGGGCUUGCGCCUCUCUGCGACCAGCUUGUUAUGCUUUCCUACGUAAAGGAGGUUUCAGAAAAAACGGAAAGAGAAUACUGUGCCAGGCCUAGAUUGGAUAUUAUCCAGCCGCUUCCUGAGACUUGUGAAGAGAUCUCUUCUGAUGCUCUGACAGUCAGAGGCUUUCAGGAAAAUGAAUGUCGAGAUUAUCAUUUAGAGUACUCUGAAGGGGAAUCACUCUUUUACAUUGUGAGUCCAAGAGAUGUUGUAGUGGCUAAGGAACGGGACCAAGAUGAUCACAUAGAUUGGCUCCUUGAAAAGAAGAAAUAUGAAGAAGCUUUGAUGGCAGCUGAAAUAAGCCAAAAGACCAUUAAAAGACAUAAGAUUCUGGAUAUUGGCUUGGCAUAUAUAAAUCACCUGGUGGAGAAAGGAGAGUAUGACAUAGCAGCACGCAAAUGCCAGAAAAUUCUUGGGAAAAAUGCAGCACUCUGGGAAUAUGAAGUUUAUAAAUUUAAAGAAAUCGGACAGCUUAAGGCUAUUAGUCCGUAUUUGCCAAGAGGGGACCCAGUUCUGAAACCACUCAUCUAUGAAAUGAUCUUACACGAAUUUUUGGAAAGUGAUUAUGAGGGUUUUGCCACUUUAAUCCGAGAAUGGCCUGGAGAUCUGUACAACAAUUCAGUAAUAGUUCAAGCUGUUCGGGAUCACCUGAAGAAAGACAGUCAAAACAGGACUUUACUUAAAACCCUGGCAGAAUUAUACACCUAUGACAAAAACUAUGGCAAUGCUCUGGAAAUAUACUUAACAUUAAGACAUAAAGACGUUUUCCAGUUGAUCCAUAAGCAUAAUCUUUUCAGUUCUAUCAAGGAUAAAAUCGUUCUAUUAAUGGAUUUUGAUUCAGAGAAAGCUGUUGACAUGCUUUUGGAUAAUGAAGAUAAAAUUUCAAUUAAAAAGGUCGUGGAAGAAUUAGAAGACAGACCAGAGUUUCAGCAUGUGUAUUUGCAUAAGCUUUUCAAGAGAGACCAUCAUAAGGGGCAGCGCUACCAUGAAAAACAGAUCAGCCUUUAUGCAGAAUAUGAUCGACCGAACUUACUUCCAUUUCUCCGAGAUAGCACCCACUGCCCACUUGAAAAGGCUCUUGAGAUCUGUCAGCAGAGAAACUUUGUGGAAGAGACAGUUUAUCUUCUGAGCCGAAUGGGUAAUAGUCGGAGUGCCCUGAAGAUGAUCAUGGAGGAAUUACAUGAUGUUGAUAAAGCGAUUGAGUUUGCCAAGGAGCAAGAUGAUGGAGAACUCUGGGAGGAUCUGAUUCUAUAUUCCAUUGACAAACCACCAUUUAUUACUGGCUUGUUAAACAACAUCGGCACACAUGUUGACCCAAUUCUCCUGAUUCACCGUAUUAAGGAAGGAAUGGAGAUUCCCAAUUUGAGAGAUUCUUUGGUUAAAAUUCUACAAGACUACAAUUUACAGAUUCUACUUCGUGAAGGCUGCAAGAAGAUUCUGGUAGCUGACUCCUUGUCCUUGCUGAAGAAAAUGCACCGAACUCAAAUGAAAGGCAUUCUGGUGGAUGAGGAGAACAUCUGUGAAUCCUGCCUGUCCCCUAUUCUUCCAUCAGACGCAGCUAAGCCCUUCAGCAUGGUGAUCUUCCAUUGCCGGCAUAUGUUCCACAAGGAGUGCCUGCCCGUACCUAGCAUGAACUCUCCUGCACAGUUUUGCAACAUCUGCAGUGCUAAGAGCCGUGGACCAGGAAGUGCAAUUUUGGAGAUGAAAAAAUAGCUCGGUUCGGCUUGUCCAUCUCAUCCUCACCACUCUUUUUAAGACUCUGUUUUUGCAACGACCGAAGCUUUUGUUGACACCAGUGCUGUUAAGACAUUUGUACAUGUUUAUGUUAUAAAACCAAAAAACCUAAACCCGUUGCCAUUGAGUUGGGAAAAAAAAAAAUUUCUUGUCUACGCCGGUCGACUAGAGGUUUCUCUUUGCAGUGGAUAAAGAAGUGGGGGCUCCCCCAUGCCUGGAAAUAUUUGGGUUGACAGUCAUUAUUUCAUCAUUUAUUGGUUUGGCUCAUUGUUUAUUUAGUAUGGAAACAUAAGUCUGGAAGUUAGAAAGGAAUUUUUCAGACCCUCGUAAAACCGUUCCACCAUGAGUGGGCUGCAGAGACUCCUCCCCAGCUGGCUGUGCUCAUCGCUGACUGUGCGUUUCUCUGUCACCAGCAAGCUCCUCCCUGUCCACUCUGCUGACAAUCCUUACGUCCUGGGCUUGACUUUUUUUUUCCCCCCUUUAUUUUUUAUUCCAUUAUUUUUCUAUUAUUAUUAUUAUGCUUUAGGUGAAAGUUUAC